UUUUUUUUCCUCCAGGAUUAUCACUGGGGGUCAGUGCCAGCACUAUAAACCCACCGCUCCUGGAUGCCACUUUGGUUUUUUCAUUUUAUUUAAUAGGACAGAGAGAAAAGACAGGGAGAGAGAAAAAUAUUGACACUUGCAGACCUGCUUCACCACUUAUGAAGUGACCUCUCUGCAGGUGCAGAGCUGGGGGCUCAAAACAGGAUGCUUGCAAGAGUCCUUGAGCUUCGUACUAUAUGAGCUUAACCCAGUGUGCCACCACCCGAUCCCCUCUCCCCAUUAGUUUUUUAAAAGAGAGGCAGAGAGAAUAGCACCAAAGCUUCAUUCAAUAGACCUUGCAUAUAGCAAUGUACCACACUAUGCAGAUGAACCGUUUUGCUGGCUCAAAAGAUUUUAAUUUUUUAAGAUUCUCUGCUUUAUCUGAAAUGGAUCUAUGUUAGCAAGUGAGCCAAUCAAGCCCCAGCUUGAAUGAACUCACACGAUGGAGACGUGGGGGAAAGGAUAGCUAUUUGAUGAAAGCAUAAGAUAGCUUAGACCGGGCCCUGCCAGAGGAAACUUUAUGGACAUUCAGGCAGUCCCAGGACAGAACCUGUGAUCCAGGCAUCUCUCUGAGUCAGAUAAUCAAGCUCCUCAGACUUAUCUUUUCUCUGAAAUUCUCCUAAGUCACUCCUCCUUCUGAUGCAAUAUCUGUGUUUGGGCAGAAGGAAGUUGCUAGCUUGCCCAUCCCUUCUGAGCUGUCUGGACUGGCUCCUCUUUCUGGAGUAGUUCUGACAGCAGCUUCGAUCUCAACUCCAACAUCUGUGUUUGGAAGCAAGAAUGGACAGAAUGUUUCAUUCUGGAAGGAAGCUGUGUUCCAGCUCAAGCUGAGUCUGUUAAACAGAGACCUCACCAUGGUCCUAGAAGAAAUCUCAGCAAGUCUUAUCUUGUGGCUUUUCUACACUUUGAUUCCAAGCUUACACUCAGACAGAGUGGCCAUUCUCCCUGCCCCCCAGAACCUCUCUGUCCAGUCCAUCAACAUGAAGCAUCUCCUGAUGUGGAUCCCAGUGAGCGUGGCUGAGAAAGGACUCUACUACACUGUGGAAUACCAGGGAGAAUAUGAGUGCCUGUACAGGAGCGACACCUGUAUCCCCAGUAGCUGGUGCUCACCAACCCCAAAUCCUGAGUGUGACAUCACUGUCACUGUGUCCUACAGCCUCCGUGUCUGGGCUACUGUGGGCUCACAAAGCUCAGCCUGGAGCACCUUGAAGUACCUCUUUAGCCGAAACUCAACCAUCCUCACAGCACCUGGGAUGCAGGUCACCAUGGACGGCCUCCACUUGCUGGUGGUUCUGGAAGACCUGGGGCCCCAGUUUGAGUUCCUCGUGGCCUCCUGGAGGAGGGAGCCAGGGACCAAGGAAUAUGCCACCCUGGUGCCCACUGGGGGCGUACCAAUGCUCUUGGAGACCAUGGAGCCAGGGACCACCUACUGUGUGAAGGCCCAGGCAUUUGUAAAGGCCAUUGGGCGGUAUAGUGCCUUCAGCCAGGUCAAGUGUGUCAAGGCUCCAGGAGAGGCCCUCCCGCAGGUGCUGGCCCUGUUAGCCUUUGUCAGCUUCAUGCUGCUCCUGGUGGUUGUGCCACUGUCCCUUUGGAAGGUAGGCCAGCUGAUCCGCUACUCCUGUUGUCCAGCCGUGCGGCUUCCGGACACCUUGGAAGUCACCAGCUUCCCACAGAAGCUGAUCAGCUGUGGAAAGGAAGAGGAGACCUGUGUAGUGUGGAUCCUGCCUUCUGAAGCGCCUUCCCGGGAGCUGAAUCUCACUGACAGAGAGCCAGCACAGUGGAGGUUAAGACCCUGGACCCCAGGAUCCAGCAGCCCUGAAGGGAAGACUCUCUGUGCUCCUCCAGGGACCCAGGGUGAGGGAAGGAAGAAGAGAGCUGCCCCCAGUGCCUGGCAGACUAUGGGGAUAUGAACCUAAUUAGCAUAUGGAUGAGAAUGUAAUUAGCAUAUGACUGACAUCAUACUAUGGACUUAUGCAAACCCACAAGGGAUUGUGGGUGUGUCAGAGGCUUUUAAAGCAAGUGGUUGCCAGAAAUAGCUGUCCCUCUUCCUGUGUCCUCUUGCUGCCUGCUCGCUCUGCACCGCAACCUUGCCGCUUCUCCUAGGACCUGAGCACAUGGAGCUGAGCUGUGGUAACUAACUUGUGUACUCACAGCCUGGGCCAUAAUGACUAACCUAUCUCUGCCCUGUUGCCUAUUUUGCUGUACCUAAAUAACCACAAUGUAAUAAAUACCCCAUUUGUUUAAACCACAACUGUCAGGAAAUUGUGAGGAUGUGGUUGAGCUCAGCAGGGCUCACAAAGCACCCUGUAUUCCUGAUACUAUAGUCUAUCCACAUAAUCAUCGUUUUGCCUGAAAGAUCCGUACCCAUUUCAUUCCUUUGAUCUAUCUUCUUUCUACCCUCAAGACCCUCCAUGCCUGCAGGGUAGUAUUAAUCCUAAAACCCUCACAACAGUUGCUAAGGAAGUUUCUACCUUCCUAGCCCCAAUUUUUCCUUUCUCUGCCCCUUUCCUAGUCAUUUCCAUUUCCGACUUGCCACUUCCAGGUCUUCCCUUUAAAAGCCUUGGCUCUCUGAUCAAUAAAGAAUUGCAUUGCCUCGC